AUGGCUGAGGCCGACGUGCCCGUCGACUUGGUCGUCGCGAUACCGACAUUCAUCGGUUCGCUACUCUCUUUUCUAGCAUCUCUUACCGUCAUCGUCUUGCAAGUUGCGAACCCGCCGCGAAGGCAUUUCCGUCAUUCCAUCAUCAUCAACCUUCUGGCUUCAGAUUUAAUCAACAGUUUGAAUAACACCAUCUCCGGCGCAAUCGCCAUUGGCAGAGGCAAGCUCCCAUCGCCCGAGUUACCCCCCAACGCCUCUUGUGUCGCCAAUGCCUGGAUUGGCCAACUCAGCGUCCAAACGAUCGAUUUCAACAUUCUCAUCAUUUCCAUUACUGUACUACUCACCGUUUUCCGAAAUAAUUGGGUCAAUGGGCUUUCAUCAAGGGCCCGGACCUUGAUCUGCGUCGCUGCUUGGAUCCCCGGCCUCAUUACAAGCAAUAUUGGCCUUGGAUUGAAUUCUUAUGGCUAUGUGAGCGGCAAUUGGUGUUGGAUCCGCUCCGAGCACCUGACCCUUCGAUACGCUCUCGGCCACGGCUGGAGACUUGCCAUCUUCGUCGCUACGAUAUCCAUCUACACCUACAUCUACAUCCACCUGCAACGAACCUACAACGCUCUUCGAAUGCUCCUGGGCGCCUCCUCCUUCACUGAGCGCCGAUCCCAAGACAGCGACGCACCGACCUUCCGAUCCUCAGACACCCAGCACAUCCUCGUCCGACACUCCUACACCGUCUCCUACGAGCUCGAGGGCGGCGGCAUAGACGACGACUUUGGCGAACUGAUGAGCCCCUCCGACCCGAACGGCAGCACACACUCAACCCUCCCGCCGCCACCGAACCUAACAAGAAUGAUGCUCAUGAACGGCUAUCCCUUGGCAUACAUCAUGCUCUGGAUUCCCGGCAUCGCAAACCGACUGGCCGAGUCGCUCGGCGGAUCCCCACGAUGGCUGCAAGCCCUACAAGCGACAACCCAGUUCAUCGGCAUGGCCAACUCGUUGACGUACGGCAUCAGCGAGCAGAUGCGGCGCAACGCCCGCAAGAGGUGGAAGGACAAGACGACGCUUGCCACCUACUGA